UCUCUUAAGUAUCUUGAGCUUUUUUUCCUUUUUUUUCUCCCCCUUUUCCAUGAGACCUCUUCACCAUCACUCUGAGAUCUGGGCUUAGGGGGAUAGGAUCUUAGGGGCCCAGUUUGACUCAGAGAUAAAUAUAUAUAUACACUUUCACACAUGGCGCUUUAGCAGAAAAAAACACAUUGUCAGUGGAUUUUGAGGGGGUCGAACUUUUUAAAUCAAGUCGCCCGUUUUUGUUUUUUUCUACAGCAGCGCGGGCGCUCACCAUGGAGAUGGAAAGAUGGACCAUCAGGUGGAAAACGAAAAGGCGUCUAUUAGUCACUGUGGGCACCUUCAUUCUAAUUCUCCAAAUUGUCAGAGCAGCUGAACCUGUCGAUGUAUUAAAAGCACUAGACUUCCAGAGUUCUCCUGAAGGAAUCCGAAAAACACCAGGGUUCUGUACCGUCCGGAAGGGAUCCAAACCAGACGUGGCUUACAGAGUGGCAAAAAAUGCUCAGAUUAGUGCUCCAACCAAACAGCUCUUCCCAGGAGGGGUUUUCCCUGAAGACUUCUCCAUUUUGUUUACCAUCAAGCCCAAAGCUGGGCUCCAGUCUUUCCUUUUAUCUGUAUAUAACCAACAAGGCAUCCAGCAGCUGGGAGUGGAGGUGGGCCGUGCCCCCGUCUUCCUGUAUGAGGACCAGCAUGGCAAACCCGCCCCAGAGGAGUACCCUUUGUUCCGCUCCAUCAACCUUGCUGAUGGCAAAUGGCACAGAGUGGCUAUCAGUGUUGAGAAGAAGAGCGUUACCAUCUUUGUGGACUGUAAGAAGAAAGUGACCAAACCACUUAAAAGAAGCGACCAAGCUGUGAUCAACACUGAAGGUAUUACAGUCUUCGGCACCAGAAUCCUGGACGACGAGGUCUUUGAAGGGGAUAUUCAGCAGCUUUUGAUAGUGGCAGACCCAAGGGCAGCCUACGACUACUGUGAAACCUACAGCCCUGAUUGUGAAGCACCCAGCCACCACGACACACCACAGGCUCAGGAACCAGAAGCAGAGUACCCAAUCUAUGAUUAUGGUGAAUUUUAUGACUAUGGUGAAGGGGAGGUAACCACUGAUGCUCCUUCUACCUCUGGAGCAAAGGUUGAGACAGCUGGUGGAGACUACUACACUGGCGAGUACGAUUACAGCAUAGUGGAUGGUAAACAGCCUCCGACUGAGUCUUCCAGACAAGGAGAGACCUAUGAUACAGAGAUUGUGGACGAUUACAUCACUGGUGUAGACGAGGUUGGCGUGGACCCAACCGUUGCUGUUGAUGUUCCUGUGGACCCCCCCGUGAAGGUGGAUCCUGAAACUGAAGUGACAGAGUUUAAGGAAGAAGACCUAAAAGGAUACGAUACAGGGGACUAUGGGGAGAAACCCUACGGCGGUACCAAUUAUGGGGAUUACACCGAUUAUGGUGAUUACAAUCCCACCGAUACAAAGCCAACCCCUGAAGUUUAUGAGGAUGAGAUUGGUCCUGGUGUUCCAGCAAAGACCGAUUUCAGUGUAAGUGGGGGUCAAAGUUACUUGGGACAAAAAGGAGAGAAGGGUGAACCUGCAGUCAUUGAGCCGGGGAUGCUUUUAGAAGGACCCCAAGGAGCCCCUGGCCCAGCAGGUGUUCCUGGUAACCCAGGAUUGCAAGGACCCCCAGGUACCCCAGGAGAUCCUGGUGAGAGGGGUCCUCCAGGUCGUCCGGGUAUUCCAGGUUCAGAUGGUGUCCGUGGGCCUCCAGGAACCAUUCUGAUGCUACCUUUCCGUGCAGGUGGUGAGUCACAUAAGGGACCUGUAAUAACAGCUCAAGAAGCUCAGGCUCAGGCUAUUCUAUCUCAGGCUCGACUAACAAUGAGAGGCCCCCCAGGACCGGCUGGGCUGGCAGGAAGGUCUGGACCAUUGGGACCUCCCGGGGCUCCCGGACUAAAAGGUGACACCGGUGACUCCGGGCCACAGGGACCAAGAGGUCUUCAAGGUCCAACUGGUCCCCCUGGGAAAGCAGGAAAAAGGGGUCGCAACGGAGCUGAUGGUGCAAGAGGAAUGCCUGGAGAGUCAGGAGCCAAGGGUGACAGAGGCUUUGAUGGCCUCCCAGGCCUUCCAGGAGCAAAGGGACACAGAGGAGAACCAGGCCCCACUGGCCCUCCCGGGUCUCCAGGAGAGGACGGGCCAAGAGGUGAAGAUGGCCAGGUUGGACAGAGAGGAGUGGCUGGAGAGGGUGGUCCCAGAGGAUUGCUUGGCCCCAGAGGGUCCCCAGGUCCUCCAGGACAACCUGGUCUUUCUGGACUGGAUGGACAGCCUGGUCCCAAAGGAAACAUGGGUCCACAAGGAGAGUCAGGUCCUCCUGGACAACAAGGCCUGCCUGGUCCAAAUGGUCUUGUUGGUCCUCAAGGUCCAAUUGGGCCUCCUGGUGAAAAAGGACCUCAAGGAAAGCAGGGUCUGGCUGGACUUGCUGGUGCCGAUGGCCCACCUGGUCACCCUGGGAAAGAGGGACCUCCUGGAGAGAAAGGAUCUACAGGUUUUCCUGGUCCAAUAGGAUCCAUCGGCUAUCCUGGUCCACGUGGUGUAAAGGGCGCUGAAGGAGUUCGAGGAGUCAGAGGCGACAAAGGAGAAAAGGGAGAAGAUGGAUUUCCUGGUUUCAAAGGGGACAUGGGCAUCAAGGGUGACAAGGGCGAUAAUGGCGUACCGGGACCCAGAGGAGAAGAUGGCCCUGAAGGUCCAAAAGGGAAAUCAGGACCAGGCGGAGAGCCUGGACCCUUAGGUCUAGCUGGAGAGAAGGGAAAACUUGGAGUCCCUGGAAUUCCCGGGUACCCUGGAAGACAAGGACAGAAGGGCUCAAAUGGAUUCCCAGGAUUCCCUGGAGCAAAUGGUGAAAAGGGAGCAAGGGGAACUGCUGGAAAAUCAGGCCCUAGAGGGCAACGUGGACCAACGGGUCCGCGUGGGGGACGUGGAGCAAGAGGACCAACAGGAAAGCCAGGUGCAAAGGGAACGUCAGGCAGUGACGGACCUCCAGGCCCACCUGGAGAGCGGGGACCUCAAGGACCUCAGGGACCUGUGGGUUUACCCGGACCUAAGGGACCCAAUGGCCCGCCAGGGAAAGACGGGCUGCCAGGUCAUCCUGGACAGAGGGGGGAAACCGGUUUCCAAGGAAAGACUGGACCUCCAGGACCUGGAGGGGUGGUUGGACCUCAGGGACCAACUGGAGAGACAGGACCCAGUGGAGAACGAGGACACCCAGGCACCCCUGGUCCACCUGGAGAGCAAGGCCUGCCAGGGGCUGCAGGAAAAGAGGGAGGAAAGGGUGAUCCAGGUCCUCCAGGACAUUCUGGCAAGAUGGGACCAUCUGGGCUGAAAGGUUUCCAAGGGGCAAGAGGUCUCCCAGGAGCAAAGGGUCCAGGUGGCUUAAAGGGAGGAGAAGGACCUCAGGGUCCCCCCGGCCCCAUCGGUUCCCCUGGCGAGAGAGGCCCUGCUGGUCCUGGAGGUCCUAUUGGUCAGACAGGACGCAACGGCCCGCAAGGACCACCAGGCCCUGCUGGAGAAAAGGGAGCCCCUGGAGAGAAAGGUCCCAUGGGUCCAGCUGGCCGUGACGGCAUUCAAGGUCCGGUAGGUCUUCCUGGCCCAGCUGGUCCUCAGGGUCCCCCAGGAGAGGAUGGUGAUAAGGGAGAAGUUGGCGGACCUGGACAGAAGGGAAGCAAAGGAGACAAGGGUGAACUAGGUCCACCUGGCUCAACAGGUCUCCAGGGGGUGAUUGGAGCUCCCGGUCCAGCUGGCAGUGAUGGUGAGCCUGGGCCAAGAGGACAGCAGGGCAUGUUUGGCCAAAAAGGAGAUGAAGGACCCAGAGGAUUUCCAGGGCUGCCGGGACCUAUCGGACUGCAGGGUUUGCCUGGCCCUCCUGGUGAGAAGGGAGAGAAUGGAGAUGUCGGACCAAUGGGUCCACCAGGUCCGCCCGGUCCCAGAGGUCCACAGGGGUCCAGUGGAGCAGAUGGUGCACAAGGUCCCCCUGGAGGUGUUGGUUCAAUGGGAGGUGUUGGUGAGAAGGGAGAAACUGGGGAGGCCGGUAACCCAGGACCACCUGGAGAACCUGGUAUUGCAGGCCUUAGAGGUGAGACUGGUGAGAAAGGAGAAACCGGCCCACCCGGAGCUGCUGGACCCCCUGGUGGCCGAGGACCUCCAGGAGACGACGGUCCCAAGGGAAACCCUGGAAUUGCCGGCUUCCCAGGAGACCCGGGUCCACCUGGUGAGCCUGGUGCAGCAGGUCUGGAUGGUUUAGGUGGUGAGAAGGGUGAUGAUGGAGAGCCUGGACAACCGGGUCCUCCAGGUCCAUCUGGUGAGGCUGGAGUACCUGGUCCUCCUGGAAAAAGGGGAGGCAUUGGACCAGUAGGUCAAGAAGGAAAACAAGGAGAAAAGGGAUCUAAGGGAGAAGCUGGAUCGGAGGGACCUGUUGGAAAAACUGGACCUGUUGGGCCUCAAGGUCCCCCUGGAAAGCCUGGUGCUGAGGGUCUGCGUGGUAUUCCUGGCCCUGUUGGUGAACAAGGACUGCCUGGUGCGUCUGGUCAAGAUGGUCCCCCAGGACCUAUCGGACCCCCUGGACUUCCUGGCAUGAAAGGAGACUCUGGAUCCAAAGGAGAAAAGGGUCAUCCUGGUCUAAUUGGUCUGAUUGGACCCCCUGGUGAACCUGGAGAAAAGGGAGACAGAGGUCUGCCUGGACUUCAGGGUACUGGAGGUGGCAAGGGAGAACCUGGCAUUGCUGGUGCACAAGGUCCUCUUGGACCUCCUGGUCCCCCUGGACUUCCAGGUGCUCUAGGACAGAAAGGAUCUAAGGGAUCAGUUGGCUCAACUGGUCAGAAAGGAGACCCUGGACUCAUUGGACCACCUGGACCACCUGGUCCACCUGGUGACAUGAUUCAGCCGCUUCCCAUUCAGCAGUCUGGCAAAAAAAGCAGGCGACAGGCUGAGAUGCAAGGGGAUGAGCCUUUGACAGACUAUGGAAUGGAGGGGCCGGGAGCGGAGGGAAUGGAUGAUGUUUUUGGAUCACUUAACAACCUCAAACAAGACAUUGAGCGCAUGAAGUUCCCCAUGGGCACCCAAGACAACCCCGCCAGGACCUGCAAUGAUCUGCACCUCAGCCAGCCCGAUUUCCCAGAUGGUGAAUACUGGAUUGAUCCCAACCAGGGCUGCAUCGGAGACGCCAUCCAAGUGUUCUGCAACUUCACAGCAGGUGGAGAAACAUGCAUUUACCCAGACAAGAAAUCAACAGGAGUUAGAAUAUCCAACUGGCCUAAGGAAUCUCCAGGUUCAUGGUUUAGUGAAUUCAAGCGUGGCAAGAUUCUGAACUAUGUGGACGUUGGUGACAACAGCAUUAGCGCUGUGCAGAUGACCUUCCUGAAGCUGCUUAGCUCUUCAGCACGGCAGAACUUCACCUACAUUUGCCAUCAGUCUGUGGCUUGGUACGACGCCAAGGCCGAUAACUUCGACAAAGCGCUCCGCUUCCUGGGCUCCAAUGAUGAGGAAAUGUCUUAUGACAAUAAUCCCUUCAUCAAGUCUCUGAUGGAUGGCUGCUCGAUGAAGAAGGGUUAUUCAAGGACAGUGUUGGAAAUUAACACACCUCGCAUUGACCAGUUACCCAUCAUUGAUGUGAUGAUAAAUGACUUUGGGGAAUCCAACCAGAGGUUCGGCUUUGAGGUUGGCUCGGUGUGUUUCCUCGGCUAGACCCGUCCCUCUUCUCCCCAGCUGCUGAAGGACUAUCUGAGAGAGUUGGCAAUAACACCCACAUAAGAGAGCCUUUAGCCACCACCUGUUCUCCGCAACAAAGUAAAAAACCUGUUUUCUUUAUGGCAAAGAAGAUCCAACAAGCUGGGAGAAAGACAAGAGCAUGCCUUCACCCUGCUUUAAAAACGCUUACCAGGGGAAACUCCUCCUCGCCCUUGUAGGGCCAGAAUCAAAUGACUUUUAUUUGAAAUGAGAGUGACAUCAGGAAAAGAACUUUUGAUGCAGUGGUGGACAGUUGCAUACUUAAAGCAUUGGCAAGAGGAUCCGCUCACCCAAAGCCCCGUCCUCCCUCCUCCCUAGACCUCCCUCCUCCCUAGACCUCCCACCUGUCCUCUCUGCAUGCUCCAAGUGAUGCUCUGUUUACAUCACAGAGGUGCUUUUGUGCAGAAUUGCAAAACACUUAAGGUGCUACCAAUAGUGCAUUUGAAACAAACUGUAAUUAAUAAUAUUUGAAUUUUGUACAUUACUGUUCCUCUCUGAAUACACUCUAAAACCUGCAUGUACUUCUUCAGUUUUAGUUAAAUAUUUGGUCAACUUUGUUAGAAUACAUUUUAUAAGGAUAUUUAAAGUUUCUUAGACUGUGUUUGAAAACAUCUAUGAAACACAUUUGACAAAAGCUUCAAUUUGUAAGUAUGAAUCGAUCCUUUUGUAAAUAUUACAAGUUUUAUCCUGUUGAAUUACCUUAGACAUCAACUGGAACAUGACCUCUAAUUAAAAAAAAACAAAGCCGAUAAUGUAUCCAGUAGGAACCUAAGCCAUAUUUAAAUGAGAUUACCAUA